CUCCACUCGGUCGAGCUCCACCAGCGCCCAAUCGCCUCGUUCUCAUAGUUCUUCCUCCCUCCCCCUUGCGAAAAGCAUCAUCAGUUCGCAGCGAAACACACCAUGGCAGCGUCUCUUGCGUGCGCUUUCUUCUUCGACGCGGAGCCGGUCGGCGAGCAGGGCAGGCACGCCCUGGACGCCUGCGCGCUCUGCACCAAGCCGCUGGCGCGGGACAGCGACAUCUUCAUGUACAAGGGGGACACGCCCUUCUGCAGCGAGGAGUGCCGCUACGAGCAGAUGCAGCUCGACGCGGUGUACGCCAGGUCGGCCGGCCGGAGGCAGCAGCAGUACUCCGGGAGGACGGAGUCGCGGCGCGGGCAACGGGAGACCAGGAAGGUGUCCGUGGCGAGCUAAGCCGACCGGAAUCAACGGCUGCAUCGAUCGUGAUCAGCUGAUUCGGCUGGUAAUUAACGAGAACUCGAGUUGAAUCGAUAUGAGAUUUCAAGAGCCGCGCGUCAACAUGCGGUGGCAAAGUAGCUUGAUUUCUUCAUCGACCGUGGCCAAGAGGCCGCCCCAACCGCGCUGCCCGGCGGCGCCGGAGAAGAAUCCGAGGAAGUUCAUCGGCUAGCUUGAGGUCUUGGCCAUGUGGGGCGCCCGCUCGACCUUGUCGAUCUAUGCUCAGAUUGGCGCCCUUUUCGGUCGUAUCGCGUUUGCGCGCCAGUGUUUUCGUAGCCUCACGGGUGACAUCCGUUUGUAAAUCCAAAUCAUUUGGGAAGGCUUCCGUGUUUCCUAAUAGUACAUGUGCAAAUUUUGGAGCAAAAUCACGAGUUUGAAUCA